GACGCACCUCCAUCUCCACCUCCUCAGCGCCCACCAACCGACUUCUUUCCCUUCAAUGAUCAACUUCAGUUUGAAACCGCGGACCUUCUUUUUCGACGAACUCAGAUGUCAGGUGGACAUAUUGACCUUCUCUGCAAGAUCUGGGAGUGCAUGAUGCCGAGCAACACUAGCUCACCCUUCCCCGACCACAAGACCAUGUACCGCACCAUUGACGCUAUUGAAGUCGGCAACAUUCCAUGGCAAUCGUUCAACAUCACCUAUCAGGGACCUCGUCCCAGCAACCAUGUUCCUCCGUGGAUGAAGGCAGAAUACGACGUUUGGUUCCGCGACCCUCGGGAGAUACUCAAGCAGAUGCUCGCACGGCCGGAUCUUCAGGAGCACAUUGACCUCACACCAUAUCGUGACUAUGACGACUCGGACAUGCGUCAUUACGAGAACCUGUUGUCGGGUGAUUGGGCUUGGGACCAAGCGGACCAAAUUUCCGAAGACCCAGACAACCACGGGGCGACGUUCAUCCCCUUUGUUCUUGGUAGUGACAAGACUACCGUCUCUGUUGCUACCGGGCACACAGAGUAUUACCCCUUGUAUAUCUCCCUCGGCAACGUCCACAACAACACUCGCCGCGCUCACCAAGACGCUCUUGCUCUCGCCGGCUUUCUUUCAGUUCCGAAAACAAACAAGACAUACAAUGCGGACCCUCAAUUCCGGCAUUUCCGGCGCCAGCUCUACCACUGCUCCCUCGCGACAAUCUUCGACGUCUUCAAAGCCGGGAUGACGAAAUAUGAGGUGGUCCGAUUUGGCGACGGUUACCACCGGCGAGUGAUUUGGGGGAUCGGGCCUUACAUAGCAGACUAUCCCGAACAAGUCCUUCUCGCUGGUGUCGUUCAGGGCUGGUGUCCCCGAUGCCUGGCAUAUCCCGAGAACCUGGACGCCGACGACACACUGCUGCGCUGUCGAGAGCACAACGACGCGCUUGUGGAGGACUUCCAUCCGGUUAUGUUAUGGGAUUCUUAUGGUAUAAUAGCCAACGUUGUUCCAUUCACAAAUGACUUCCCCCGCGCUGACAUCCACGAACUUCUCGCCCCCGACAUUCUUCAUCAGCUCAUCAAAGGCACAUUCAAGGAUCACCUUGUUGAAUGGGUGGGCAAGUAUCUCGCCGACGUUCAUGGGAAAACGGAGGCUAAAAAGAUAAUGGAUGACAUUGAUCGACGAAUAGCGGUCGCGGCACCCUUUCCCGGUCUUCGUCGCUUUCCAGAAGGUCGAGACUUCAAGCAGUGGACGGGGGAUGAUUCUAAAGCGUUGAUGAAGGUCUACCUUCCUGCACUCGAAGGCCGCGUUCCCGAUGAUGUCGUCAAGGCUUUCCGCGCCUUCCUGGAGUUUUGUUACCUUGUUCGCCGGAACGCGCUCACGGACAAGGACCUCGUCGACAUCCAAGACGCGCUCGAUCGUUUCCACCAUUACCGAACCUUUUUCACUGAGGCGGGCACUAUCACGUCCAUUUCCCUUCCACGUCAGCACUCCAUGACCCACUACCGUUGGCUGAUCCAACAGUUCGGCUCUCCCAACGGCCUCUGUUCCUCCAUUACGGAGUCAAAACACAUUGAAGCUGUCAAGGAACCAUGGCGCCGGUCCAGCCGCUUUAACGCUCUCGGCCAGAUGCUCGUCACAAAUCAACGCCUCGACAAACUCAAGGCCUGUCGUCGCAACUUU